AUGGGUCUGUUUCCAUUCCUCUACUCUCUAAUCUUCAUUCUCUUCUUUCUUACUUCUUCUUCUUCUUCUUCUUCUUCUUCUCCAUUGUGCCAUCCCCAUGAAACCUCUGCUUUGCUCCACUUUAAAAACUCUUUCUCCAACAUCAAUGGCACUACCUACUGUUAUGAUUAUUAUGAUGUUGAAAUUGUUAAUCCUAAUACUACAAUUUCAUGGGAUAUAAAGAGCAAGGAUUGUUGCAGAUGGAGUGGUGUCACGUGCGAUGACGUCACAGGCCACGUCAUACAUCUUGACCUCAAAUGCAGUGGGCUUCAAGGCUUUCUUCACUCCAACAACGCUCUCUUCUCUCUCUCUCAUCUCCAAUCUCUUAUUCUCUCUUACAAUAAUUUUUCUCAUUCCAAAAUUUCAUCUGAAUUUGGUAAGUUUUCAAAUAUGGUUCACCUUGACCUUUCUUUCUCUAAUUUCAGUGGCAAAGUCCCUCUCCAAUUGUCUUACUUGUCCAACUUGCUUACACUUGACUUGAGUAGUAGACAGUAUUCUUAUGAAGUUUUGAGUUUGGAAACAAAUAGCUGGAAAAGAACUGUUGCAAAUCUAACAAAUCUCAGAGAGUUGUUUCUUAGCCAAGUCCAUAUGUCUUCUACUUCACCUGAUUCCUUUAUGAAUCUCUCAACUUCUUUGACAUCUCUUGAUCUUAGUUAUAGUGAUUUGCAGGGGAAACUUCCAGAAAAUGUUCUCAGUUUGCCAAACCUUCAACAACUCGAUUUGACUAACAAUUGGAAUCUCACUGCUUCUUUUCCACAAUAUAACCAAAGCAGCCCACUUAAGGUGUUGAAGCUUUCUAAAUCUGGAGUCAUGAUAGAUCCUUACCUUUGUAGAAAGUUCAAGUAUUUACAAGUUAUAUCUCUUUCUCAAUCCCAUUUCAAUUCCGUACAACUAUCACCCACAUUUCUUGACAAUUGCACACAAAUCACCUCCUUAGACCUUUCUGGUAAUAGUUUAGGUGGUUUCUUCCCAUGUUCAUCCAUUUUAAAUCAACAGCAACUAACCCAUUUAGAUCUUUCUUGGAAUAAUUUCAUAGGUGAAAUUCCAGAAAUUUGUAGUAAGUCAACAAAAAAUCCAUUCUCGUGUAUCUCUUCAAAACAUCACUUAGUGGGUUCUCCUCCAUUGCAUUUAACAUCCCUGUCUUUAUUCCCUUAG